AUGAAGUUGAGAGACCUUUUUCAGGUUGGAUUGUUGGAUCAGGUUGGAUUGUUGGAUCAGGUUGGAUUGUUGGAUCAGGUUGAGCCAAAAGAAUGCAAUGGUGUAAAAGUUCCUGUUGAUGCCAGUAAACCAAAUCCAAAUGAUGUGGAGUUUGAUAAUCUGUAUUUGGAUAUGAAUGGAAUCAUCCAUCCUUGUACUCAUCCCGAAGACAAACCAGCACCAAAAAAUGAGGAUGAAAUGAUGGUUGCAAUUUUUGAGUACAUUGACAGACUUUUCAAUAUUGUAAGACCAAGACGACUUCUCUACAUGGCAAUAGAUGGAGUGGCACCACGUGCUAAAAUGAACCAGCAGCGUUCCAGAAGGUUCAGAGCAUCAAAAGAAGGAAUGGAAGCAGCAGUGGAGAAGCAGCGAGUCAGGGAAGAAAUAUUGGCAAAAGGUAAAGAAUACUUUGUCCUAAUAAAUAUUGGUGAUAUUUGGCAUAGAGCAGGAUGUAUGAGAUUUGAUAGGUACCAAAGUGCUUCAGACUUAAGUAAUACGAUUUCCAACUGGACUAGCAGAGAGGGCAUUUUAAAGCUCUUUGUAUCUUUUUUGGUGUUCCUGACAUCAUACGAUGUCUAUCAGCAAGGUUGGGCAUUGGUGGAAAUAUAUGAACCUUCAGAAAUUCAAUAUAAAAAUAUACAGGACAGUUUUAGAAGACGACAGAAAGAAAAAAGAAAGAGAAUGAAGAGAGAUCAACCAGCUUUCUCUCCUGGUGGAAUAUUAACCCCUCAUGCCUUGGGUUCAAGAAAUUCACCGGGUUCUCAAGUAGCCAGUAAUCCGAGACAAGCAGCCUAUGAAAUGAGGAUGCAGAAUAACUCUAGUCCUUCAAUAUCUCCUAAUACGAGUUUCACUUCUGAUGGCUCCCCGUCUCCAAUAGGAGGAAUUAAGCGAAAAGCAGAAGACAGUGACAGUGAACCUGAGCCAGAGGAUAACGUCAGGCUAUGGGAAGCUGGUUGGAAGCAGCGGUACUACAAGAACAAAUUUGACGUUGAUGCAGCUGAUGAGAAAUUCCGUCGUAAAGUUGUACAGUCUUAUGUUGAGGGGCUCUGCUGGGUUCUUCGAUAUUAUUACCAGGGCUGUGCUUCCUGGAAGUGGUAUUAUCCAUUCCAUUAUGCACCAUUUGCUUCAGACUUUGAAGGUAUUGCAGACAUGCCAUCUGAUUUUGAGAAGGGCACUAAACCAUUUAAACCAUUGGAACAACUUAUGGGAGUUUUUCCAGCUGCAAGUGGUAACUUUCUACCUCCAUCAUGGCGGAAGCUCAUGAGUGAUCCCGAUUCUAGUAUAAUUGACUUCUACCCUGAAGAUUUUGCUAUUGAUUUGAAUGGGAAGAAAUAUGCAUGGCAAGGUGUUGCUCUGUUGCCUUUUGUGGAUGAGCGAAGGCUGCGAGCUGCUCUAGAAGAGGUAUACCCAGACCUCACUCCAGAAGAGACUAAAAGAAACAGUCUUGGAGGUGACGUCUUAUUUGUGGGGAAACAUCACCCACUCCAUGACUUCAUUUUAGAACUCUACCAGACAGGUUCCACAGAGCCAGUGGAUGUACCACCUGAACUAUGUCAUGGGAUUCAAGGAAAGUUUUCUUUGGAUGAAGAAGCUGUUCUUCCAGAUCAAAUAGUGUGUUCUCCUGUCCCCAUGUUACGGGAUCUGACACAGAACACUGCAAUCAGUAUUAAUUUUAAAGACCCACAGUUUGCUGAAGACUACAUUUUUAAAGCUGUAAUGCUUCCAGGAGCAAGAAAACCAGCACCAGUACUGAAACCUAGUGACUGGGAAAAGUCCAGCAAUGGACGGCAGUGGAAGCCCCAGCUUGGCUUUAAUCGGGACCGGCGGCCUGUCCACCUGGAUCAGGCUGCAUUCAGGACUUUGGGCCAUGUUAUGCCAAGAGGCUCAGGGGCUGGCAUUUACGGCAAUGCUGCACCACCACCUGCAACUUACCAGGGGAACUUAUACAGGCCACUGUUGAGAGGACAAGCCCAGAUUCCAAAACUUAUGUCAAAUAUGAGGCCACAGGAUUCCUGGCGGGGUCCUCCUCCCCUUUUCCAGCAGCAAAGAUUUGACAGAGGUGUUGGGGCUGAACCUCUGCUGCCAUGGAACCGGAUGCUCCAAACCCAAAAUGCAGCUUUCCAGCCAAACCAGUACCAGAUGCUAGCUGGACCUGGCGGGUAUCCACCCAGACGUGAUGAUCGUGGAGGGAGACAGGGAUAUCCCAGAGAAGGAAGGAAAUACCCUUUGCCACCACCCUCAGGAAGAUACAGUUGGAAUUAGGCUUUUGUAAAGCUUUCCCAAAUCCUUUCAUCGUUCUACAAUUUUAUGCUAUUUGUGGAAAGAUUUCUUUCUCAAGUAGUAGUUUUUAAUAAAACUACAGUACUUUGUGUAUUUCUUUUAACUGUGUAUAUUUCUACUGACCUGAUCUCACUGUUUAUGUUGCUUUCCAAAGAUGUGUGUUGCAUAAUACAGUGGAUCUGAAUUUAUUACUGCUUGUAAAACACAUUUGAUGGAAUAGGAAUACUGGUUUUUCAUUAUGGUUAAAAUCAAACCAGCUGUGGAUUUUAAAACACAGUGUAUUCUAGAUCAUCUAAGAUCCAUGCUGAUUUUUAAUGCACAAGAAUUAGGUAUGAACUCGAGCUGGAACCCUCAGCUAACUAGAGUGUAUAUUGUUCGGUAUUUCUUUGGAAACAUUUCAUUAAUGUACUUGUCUUAUGGAAAUUUCUGGACUUUAGUAAAAAAAAAAAAAAAGAAAACUC